GUUUAUUUUGUAUCCAAGCGGAUAUGGGCUAUCUGCGAGGAGCUACUUUGCGAGAGGAAGGCGCUCGUGUAGAGAAAGCCAGCCCGUCGGAUGCCUCGAGCUGUCAUACUUCUCGGAGGCGCUGGCGGGCGCCUCCUCUCCACCCGGAGCUGGACGCCCCUCCCUGAACCACCCCUCCGCGCGGCGCGGCCUCGUUUUUUUUGUUUUGCGCGCACCCAGCGCUGGGAGACGGGGGAGCGGCGGGCCGUCCUGGGCUCUGAGCGGAGGAGCCGUCUGCGGACAUCCGAAGGAGGUGCUACGAAGAGCUCAACUGAGAAACCCAGAUGGCGUAGAAGGAGGACAAACAGAUGGUGUGGUCUUCUGUCGAAGAAGAAACAGACAAUAUAUGGCGUAAGCAGGAACUGUCGGAGCUCCGCGCAGAUUUCUCGCAUCGGCGCUAGGCCCCCCUCCCUUGCAGCGCCUCUGGCGACGCCUCUGGCGCGCUUCGCACGCCAGGGAGGGGGGGUGGGGCUGGCGCCGAUUCCUGAUUUCCGCGCGGAGCUUUUCAGCCCAACCAGGAGAUCAUCAUAUCGCCUGCUUCGUAUCGAAGGGCCUCGAUGGACAAACACACGUUGGGGCUAACGCACGUUCUGUGGAUCAUCGAGCGGUCUUUUGGUUCUCUGCCUCCGCUGGCUUCGAGCAGAGGCUAAGCAACUUCAACAACGUGCAGUACGUCGGCGACAUCGAGGUCGGUGGCCAGCAGGUGGGUGCCCUGUUCGACACGGGCUCCGACGACCUGGUGCUGAGGUCGGCCGAGUGCCACGGGUGCACCCACCAUGCGCCGCCGUACGACCACCACAGGAGCGAGCACUACAAGCUCCACGGGGUCAUCCACAAGAUCACGUACGGAGCCGGCAGCUGCAGCGUGGUGCGCGGGUGGGACAGCGUCUCGGUGGGCCCCCUGCACGCCCCAGAGCAGGAGAUCUGGGAGGUCAUGCACCACAGCAUCCCCCUCUGGGAGCACGCGGCCUACAGCGCGCUCGUGGGCAUGAGCCCCACCGCGGGGUCGGGCUACGUUCGUGGCAGCACCCUGCUGGCCUCCCUCGGCGUGGACGCCUUCUCCGUCUGCCUCGGGAGGGCCAACGGCUCGGACGGGUACCUCACCUGGGGCGCCUUGCGUGCGCCGGGGCACCCCGCGGCGCGGCUGCUAGUGCACGACCAGUGGGUCGCGCGGCUCGGCAACAUCACGCUGGCGGGGGCCCCGUCCGUCCGGCUGUGCGGCUCGUCGCCCUGCUCCGUGCUGCUGGACACGGGCCACUCCCUGAUCGAGGGGCCGCAGGCCCAGAUCCUGGAGCUGAGCAAGCACAUCGACGGCGGACUGCUCCAACCUACACGAGCUGCCCACCCUGAGGUUCGAGGUGGACGGCCAGCCGCUGGAGCUGCCGCCCCUGGCCUACGUCGUCCGCGUCGGGGGCACGCCCGCGGACGCGCGCCGCGUGUGGCCCUUCCUGCCCACGGGCGGCACGCUGAAGGCGUUCCGGCCGCACAGCUGCCAGCCCGCGUUCAUGAUGGGGCGUGGGGGGUCCUCGGAGAGCUGGGGCCGCAGUGGGUGAUCGGGAUGCCCUUCUUUCGCCAGUACCGCACCACCUUCGAUCGCGCGGAGCACGCCAUGAGCUUCGAGGCCAUGGGGCCCGCCGACUGCCAACGAGGGGGCGCCGCCGCGCCGGCGGGCGUGUCCCUGGCGGCCCGCGGGGGGCGCGCCGAAGCGGCGGCGCUGGCCCCCGUGGAGGUCGACCUCCGCGACGUCGUGGCCCUGGCGGCGCGGCGGCACGCGGCGCCCCUCGCGCUGGUGGCGGGCUAGCGCGACCCGCCGCCGCCACGGCCGCGCCCCUUCACGACCGCGUGCCGCGGAGCCGUGCUUCGGGCGGCGGGGCCCAGACCCCCGCUGUCUCGGGUUGGCUCAGAAUGACGUGCACGUACAGGUGGAGACCGAUGCCAAGA